UAGCUUAGCAUAAUUCACAAAGACUGACUUUGUGACAAACUACUAGAGGACCUGCCACCACGUUGCCCACAGGAUCCAACACUCGAGCUGAAUCAGGAUGCCAAGCUGCAGAACUGUGCUGUGUACAGGAUGUUGGUGCCUGAACUCAAGGGCCUACAUGAAAUUCUUGGCAACCUGCUUGAGCGCGGCCAGAUUUAUGAGUGUGACAUAGCCUUUGCAUCGCCUGCAUUUGUCAUUAAAAAGAAACUCAGAGGCUACAGACUACUUGCCAACAUGUGGCAGAUGAAUGCAGCAAUUGAGGAUUAUUCAUGGCUGCUGCCUAAUAUCAGUGCUCUACUGGAUUGCUGCAAUGGAUGCAAAUUUUUUUGGUUUUCAACAUGGUCAGUGGAUACCAGCAGAUGCAUGUACAUCCAGAGUCAGAGCUGCUGACAGCAUUC